UUGGCUUCUGCCAUUCUUCCUGUCUUCCUUUCUUGGAGUGUGGAGACCGGAGAGUGUGAAGAGGUGGCAGUGUUUUGCUUGCUGCUGAAGACAGCUAGGCAGCAAAUGGGUUGAGAAGGCAUGAAGAGCUGAACACGAAGGAAACCAGAAAUAAAAAGCAGAGCUUGCAGAAGAUUCGCCUGAGCACCGAGGAGAGAGAAAGCGAGGGAGGGGCAAGGGGACAUUUUGAUGUGCUUGCGUGCUUUUUUAACCAUCUGGGGAACGCUUCAUGACUCCUUUCCCAGUCUUUUGUUCCACCGCUGGUGGAGAGUCGCGCCGUCUGCUACUUCUUCCCUCUCUUCUCUUUUUCUUGUAGAAUCUUCUGGUGGGACUGCGACUGCUGUUCUUCGCCUUUUGGCUGGUGAAAGAUUGAAUCUUGACGCUUAAAUCCUUUAGAUCUUGAAGUUUGCCGAGAAAUCUUUUGAGAGAGGUUGCUUCUUUUGGUCGUGGUGCGAAUGUGUGUUGGGGGAGUGAGGUUUAAGGGCGUUUAUAGCGUUCUUGAAGUAGGUUUUUGAGGAAGAAUCGAAGGGAGAAGAGGAGAGACAUGGCCGGACCAGCGCCGCCACCGAAGCAGGAGGAGUUGGUGCCGCACCCCGUGAAGGACCAGUUGCCCAAUGUUUCCUUCUGCAUCACUAGUCCUCCUCCUUGGCCUGAAGCUAUUCUUCUUGGUUUCCAACAUUACCUGGUCGUUCUGGGAACCACUGUUCUCAUCCCCACUGCGCUUGUUCCUCAGAUGGGGGGAGGAAAUGAUGAGAAAGCGAGGGUGGUCCAGACAUUGCUGUUUCUGGCUGGUAUUAACACUCUUCUCCAAACCUACUUCGGUACUUGCUUGCCAGCCGUGAUGGGAGGGUCGUAUACUUUCGUAGCUCCUACCAUAUCAAUCAUCUUAGCUGGGCGUUACAGCAAUAUCGUGGAUCCUCAUGAGAAAUUCCUGCAUAUCAUGCGUGGGACACAGGGUGCACUAAUUGUCGCUUCGACGCUUCAAAUUAUUAUUGGUUUCAGCGGUCUUUGGCGUAAUGUGACGAGAUAUUUAAGUCCCCUGUCAGCGGUUCCUCUGGUUGCACUAGCUGGGUUUGGGCUCUAUGAGCUUGGAUUUCCUGGGGUUGCCAAAUGUGUUGAGGUUGGCCUACCAGUGAUUAUCCUGUUAGUGACAUUUUCACAGUACGUUCCUCAUGCUAUACAUUCGGAGAGGUCCGUAUUUGAUAGAUUUGCUGUCAUAUUUUCAAUUACAAUUGUGUGGCUAUAUGCAUACCUGCUUACAGUUGGUGGGGCAUACAGGCAUGCCCCACCAAAGACACAAUUGCAUUGCCGUACUGAUCGUUCUGGACUUGUUGGUGGGGCUCCCUGGAUAAGAGUUCCAUAUCCCUUUCAAUGGGGAGCACCAACUUUUGAUGCUGGUGAAGCUUUUGCAAUGAUGGCAGCUUCAUUUGUGGCCCUUGUAGAGGUAGGAACACAUUUCUCUUACUGUUUACAACUGUGGAGUUGGCUGAUUACCUUUUAUAACAUGUCUGUAAUUGUACAGUCUACUGGCACUUUUACGGCAGUCGCAAGGUAUGCAAGUGCUACACCAGUGCCUCCUUCAGUUCUCAGUCGAGGCAUUGGCUGGCAGGGUAUUGCUAUCUUGUUGGAUGGAUUAUUUGGAACAGCAAAUGGUACAUCAGUGUCAGUUGAAAAUGCUGGUUUACUGGCUUUGACACGUGUUGGCAGCCGGAGAGUUGUGCAAAUAUCUGCAGGAUUCAUGAUUUUCUUUUCCAUUCUUGGGAAAUUUGGAGCAGUUUUUGCAUCCAUUCCUGCACCAAUUUUUGCGGCUCUUUACUGUCUUCUUUUCGCAUAUGUUGGUGCUGGUGGUCUUAGUUUCCUUCAGUUCUGCAAUCUUAACAGCUUCCGUACUAAAUUCAUCCUAGGAUUCUCUUUUUUCAUGGGGUUGUCAGUUCCGCAGUACUUCAAUGAAUACACUUCUGUUGCCGGAUAUGGUCCAGUCCACACCGGAGCAAGAUGGUUCAACGAUAUCAUUAAUGUGAUAUUCUCUUCGAAGCCAUUUGUCGCGGGGUUUGUGGCAUUUUUCUUGGACAAUAGUCUCCAUAGGCAUGACAGCGCUGUAAGAAAGGACAGGGGGCUUCAUUGGUGGCACAAGUUCCGAUCCUACAAGGGGGAUCCGAGAAGUGAGGAAUUCUACCGGCUGCCACUAAAUCUCAAUAAAUUCUUUCCAGCAGAUUGAGGUCUAUAGAUGUGACAACAUUUGCAGUGCAUCUCACUUUGUCCUUUUAGAGAGUUCUUGGAUCAUCUUGUAGUGGAUCUCUCUUUGUUUCUCGGCCCAAGAGAAACCUUAAACUAUUAAUGUGUUCUGAUGAAUUUGUCUGUUAAAGUUUUCCUUGGAUACAUGUUUGACUUGUAUAUGUCAUAGUUGAUAUGGAUCACUCUAAUGUAGGAUAUUACUACCUUGUUUGAAGCAUCACCUUCACUAGUAA